UGGUAUGACCUCUCCGUCCACGGAAUGGGGCCGAGCAAUGCUGAUCGUGUAUGGGUUACCCGGAUGUGCCGCUUGUAUCCUCUUCUUCAACAUAUUCCUCGAGCGCCUUAUCACGUUCCUGGCCUACGUCAUGAAGCAGUGCCACGAGCGGAGGAUACGCAAGAUCAAGGACCAGCACCAGAACGGCCAGGCUAAAAAUGGCGGACGGCGACCUUCGGAACAGUCGGACGACGACCUGGAAAACUGGAAGCCUUCAGUGUACUGGGUCUUACUAUACCUGGGGAUAUCAGCCACCACCAUUGCCUGCAUCGCCUCCGCAGUUUAUACCCAUGCAGAGACAGGAUGGGAUUUUCUGGACAGUUUCUAUUUCUGUUUUGUCGCUUUCAGCACGAUUGGUUUCGGGGACUAUGUGACAAGUCAGGAUUAUACGUACGACCAUCAGUACUUGUAUCGUUUUGGUAAUUUUAUCUUCCUUACAGCGGGAGUGUGUUGUAUCUAUUCUCUCUAUAAUGUAGUAUCUAUCGUGAUUAAACAGUUCUUGAAUUGGGCCAUCAAGAAACUUGACUGUAGGUGUUGCGUCCGGAAGCGACCGCGGCCGCGGCGGAACGCAAUCACCCCAGGUCAUCUCCAGAGACAAAUGAACUCUGCCGGGAAACGCCACAAUGGCCCGGGUAAUGUGGAGGUCACUGAUUAUGACAGCGAGACGGACGGACGUCGGAUGUCUGAUGAGAUGAUCAGUAUGAAGGAUUUCUUGGCAGCAAAUAAAGUGUCAUUAGCCGUCAUGCAAAAGCAGCUUUACGAAACAUCCCAGCACCGACACCAUUCCAGCAAGAAUGGUGUGGGACAAGGACUUAGCCAGGGAGUAGGGGGCCUCGCCAUGCUCAAUAACAAACUACAAGAGACAGACAGGCGUGAUUGACAAUUACUGAGAAAUGUCAAUCGCCUUUAGAAGAGAAUGCUUCGCAGCAAAGUCAUUACCUAAAUUAGUUGCCUUCAUCAAGCGAGGAUAAACCGACGAGUGUCUAAAAUUUGUUCUACAAGAUGCCGCUGGGAUAAAAAGCGCAGGAAUACCAAAAUAUAAUAUUUCAAAAUAUAUCCUACCCAGAAAUCACAUUUUACUACUAUCCCGUAAACAAAUUCAGCACCAAAAUAUCAGGAAAAAUGAUGAGAUGAUUGCAUCACCUUACACACGACGAACCCUCACGUGGAGGUUGGAUGCCGAUCCCGUAGCCUAGGUAACGAAAAGCAAUCUACCUAAUGGCCUAUGCAAAUGUAAUCUACAUUACCAAAGGAACGCGUAAAGAGCAUAUCUGGAAGCCCGUUGUCAUGGCGUCUCCACAACUCAACUUUGUGACUUUGAUGAAAAAGCACACGUCUGGAUGGUGUGUCUAUUCACUAGAAAUACAAUCUGCAACAUGAAAGGGAUUAUGUGAUCGCGUAAAUGAAGAUGAUAGACUCGGCAUGAUGAUAAAACUUUAAUGGAGCUAUCCAGAGGUUACAUAGCUCUUUGUGAAUGGGAGUUCAGAUACAAAAUAGCAAAUUAUAAUUAAGAAAUCAACUUGAUUCACGUUUGGAAGAAAACCAGCUUAAAUUAACAAAAAAAAUUGAAUUUCUUGUGUUGAUCCGUUCAUUCUGUGAAAAUGUUAACGUAAAGUGUUUGGCCGAUACUAUCUGCAUCCUACGAAUUACUGCACAAUCUGACCCUAUAUUAAGGAGCCUCUGCCUGGAAUGGAUUAUAGAGUUAAUGAAAGGAUAACAAAUGGUCACAUUCAUCUAGCGAACAAAGUUCACAUCUAAAGAUCAAACUAAACACUCCCCUCUCAGAUCAAAUAUUUAUUGUGUUUUUGUUACUAAAAAAUGGAAGUAUUCUAAAUUCAUCACUCAAUUUCAAGGUGAUCUUUACAUCUGGUAUAUACAUUGAUGAAUAUUCGGUGGAAAUAAUCCCGAUUGUGAUUUUAAUGCACGUUUAACUUUUAUAAGAUAUGUUGCCUGCGUAAUUGCUAUGAAUAAUGAUAAUGUUUAACACGGCCAAUAUAUAAAUCACAAAAAUAGAAUUAGUUCAACUAAAAUGCAUGUCAGUUGUUCUAAUUUCAUAUUUCCAUCCCAAUAAAAAAAACACUCGACAAAAUUGAUGUUACCCAUUAUUUAAAAUAAUUUUUAUCAAGCCUCCCACAAUGCCAUACUAUUUCAAAUGCAUCAUUGUGAUACUUGAUAAGAUAAUUCCUCUUGCAGCUCCAAAAAGCUAAACUGGAAUGAACUUUGCAAUAUGUCGUGAUGAUAACUAAAGAAUAUUUUUCAUCAAUGCGUCGACAUUGGAAAUAUCUGUGCCAUUAUAAUGACACCCACAUUACAUUUCUAGUGAUAAAAUAGGCUGACGUAGGGAUAUCAAAAGAUAGCAGAGUUGUAUAAAACACGGGUAUUUGUUUUGUCUCUCGCCGACUGACGAUAUCACCCUCUUAUCCAACUACAAUUUAAUGCUCAUGGAAAAUUAAAAUGUGAUAUCUUAACAAUGGGAAAUGUCCAUCCGUGAUAUCGAAUUAAUUUCUCGCAUUAAAAGUUUAAUUGCAUUCGGCAUUUCGAAAUGAUCAUGCGCAAUGUAGCGAAAAGUAGAUACGCUAAGCCUAUAUCAGCCUUUACAAGAGUUACGUAAUCAACUAUAUAGUAUGCAAAUAUAUUAGGGAAUUUAGAAGAAUGGUUCACAAAGUGACCUUAUAUCAAUUUUUCAUGAACAAACAUACAUUUUCAUACGUGUGUAUAUGUAUAUAUUUAUGAACAUUUUAGAAUAUACUGUUAAGACCAGUGUUUCAUUAUUUUUUUUGCACUGAGGUCAUUAAUAAUUAUGUAAUCGAAUGAAAAUUUCAUUAUGUAGUCAGUGCAAAAUGCGUUGCCAUAGCCUUGAACUUUUUAAUUUUAAAUAUCUUGAGAAGCGUUUAUCAGAGAAUCGUUAGAUGUGUUGUGAAGAUAAGAACAGCGAAUUCCAAACUAAAAUAAAAUGUGUUAUUUUCCAAAUAUUCAUGUUCUCCUUUUUAAUGCAAAAUGCUCUCUUUUUUAAUGCAAAAUAUCACUGAGUUUUGUGACUUUAGUAGAAACUUUAUCAGUGAAGGAGUUGAGGCUGAUCACGCUGAUGUCGAGUUAAUAGUAAAAAAUAGUGACUAACUUAGAUUUCUCGAGACAUAUAGAACAUCAUAUUUCCUUCACUAUUGUCCAUAUUAUGUGGCUUGUUUGGGAAAUGUACUAUUUCUCUCAGGGCCAGUCAAUAUUGAUAUAAUGUUCAUUGUAAUCCAAUGUAAUGUAAUGUAAUGACAUUUUAUAGAGUAAAAAUCAGGUUCCAUAGUUUGGCUUUCUAUUUCACACUUAAGUAAUUUCAAUUAUUUAUUUGAUGACCAUCAGUCCAAGAGAGAGAAAGAAAGAGAGUGUGAGAAGGAGAGAGAGAUUAUAGCAUCAAUGAUAUAAAUGCUCCCCCCCCCUGGGCCGCCGCCUAUGAUCACAUAUUUGGUUUUUUUUUCCAGAUAGUAUCACCAUUUAUAUUACAAUGCCAUUUUUUCAAAAUAUUUGGAUAGAUUGUGAAGGUUACACUUGUUUUAAUCUCUUAGAAAAUAUUCCAUGUAAAACAAUCGUUUUUUAAUCUGAGGGGGUGUAUGGCAGUAUAUUUCGAUUAGCAAACUGAGAUAGCAAUAUAUAGUAGUUGACACUGACUUAUACUAAUUUAACAUGUUUAAGCUUUGCCGCGUGCAAGUACACAACAUUUAAUAUCAUUUUCAGCUCAAAAUAUGCAAUCUAUUUUACUUGGAAAUGAAUGAAAAUUGUCAUUUUCCAAAAAAUAACAUGGAUUACAUGGCAAUCAGCCCUGUAAGUUGGAGAAUAUCCGCAGGACAUCAUGUACUUCAUUAGACAAUGAUAUUAGAGCACGGAUAACACCAAUAUGAGGAUUUCUGUAGGUAAACCGUAGUAAAGAGAUUUCUUUAUAUUUUUUUAACCCAUAUGUGUGUCCACUUGUCAGAAACUUCAGUCCACAAAGCUCAUAAAUGGUAUAGUUGCACCAACGAAACCGACUCCAUAUCGACCGAUAAUAGAACAUUCGAUACAACGUUAUAGCUUUGAUUGGUCUGGAUUCAGUUUCAUCGGUAUGACUGUACCAUACAGCGUUCAAGUGACGCGGCUUAUUUUGAUAUUUAUAUUAAAUGAAUGUAUUAUUGGCUGUAUUUAAGGAUGAGCGCGUGGCUUGGUGGUGUGGUUAUUAUAGCAAUACAGCGAUUUUAGAUAAUGCAGAAUAAAAUCGAAGAUUACGAACUAUUUUAUAUAACAUAUACCAAUAGAUUUAUUACUUCAAGAAAACUUAUGUUAUUUUUUUUCACAUUAUCUUAUGAAAGUGAUAUUUUGAUUAGGGAUUUAUGAUAAAUGAUGUUGCGACUUGUUUGUAUUUUUAUUAGAUAUUUCAUUAACACAUGAUAGACAUAAGUCGAUUGUAAUAUUCUAACAGGGAAGCAUAUACUUCAAACUCUAUAUAAAUAAUGACCGAUAUAUAUGACUCGGAAUUGCUUUAAAAUGUAGUUAGAAGAAGAGGUCUAGUGUUAUUUUCUAUAAUGAUUUCAGUUUCUAUACUUGUAAAUAUGAUAUAUUUUCUUCCACGCCGAAAUUAACUGUUUGCUUAUCAUCUAUUCCGAUAGUUUUUACCAGAUAAUUAUUUUGAUGAAUUUCCAUGAUUUUUAUAACCUUACAAAUGUGAUGAUUUUGUCGUGUCAUGUAAUGCUUGUGAUUCCUUUUCGGAGUGGCAUUUAUUGCUUAGGAAUACUUUGUCGGUGAAACCAUUUCCUUUCAAUGUUGGCGUAUUUAUCAUAAUGAAUAGAAAGUUUGAAUAUUUUGCUAUCUUUCUUUUGCAUCUUAUCUAUGGAAGGAAGAAAUAUACAAUUAGUCAUAUCAAAUCAUGAUUUUGAAUAAAUAUAUACAACCUGCGAAAAACCAAGAAAAACCUCGCAAAAGAUUUUAGUAUCCAAGUUUUUUUUUAGUAGUGUAUACUCCUAAGAAAUUUGGUAUGGACACUGUUUCUGUAUCAAAUUUAGUAUACUGGCCAAUAUUUCUAAACUGUUAUAAGUUAAAUAUGUUGUUGAAAAUUUUAUGCUUUGCUGAAUUAGUUUAUGAAGUUACUAUUUUGCUUGCACCUUGAUAAGGUAUGGACAAAUCAUACAUCUCAGUUGGUAACUGAUCAACUGAACAUAAAUGCUUCUAACUCCUAUACAUGUAUUAAAUAUAUUUCAUAUCAGCGAGGACAAAUAAUGAAAACAUCUGAAACUGAGAGGCUGAGAUAAGACAUCCGUGAACAAAUGGAUAAAAGAUCAAAACUAAUCAAAAUAAAUCAUAUUUGUAUUUUGAAGCGAUUGAACAAACAACAUUUAUUGAUCAAAUUUCUAAAUAUAGUUUAUACUAUACGCAUUUAUAUUCACAUUUAUUGAUGAAUGUAUAAGAACGAUGAAUGCGACCAUAUUUAUCGUCGAGAGUAUUUUGAAAUUAUCGAACAAUCAUAACAUCUAUUGAUCAAACUUCUAAGUAUGGUUUUAUACUUAACGCUUUUUAUAUUUUCAUUUAUUCAUAAAUGUACACGAAUAUUAAUGCGAGUAUAAAGAUCACAAUGUUUUUUAUGAAAGGCAUUAUUAGGUGUAAUAAAUUAGAAUAUUGAAAGCGAAAUAUUUUUGGCUUUAAAAGAUGAUAUCUAAAAUGUGAUUUGAGAUUUCAUAUUGCACAAACAUUUCGGAAGAGGUUAUGAUUCCGUCGAAAGAAGAUAUACAGAGUCCCUUUUCGUGUAUUAUUUAUUAAGUCAUUAUGGUUGUUGAAUACGUUAUUUCGUAUAACUGCAUUAUUGCUACCAAUUAAUUAAACCAAUGAAGAUAUAUAUAUAUAUAUAUAUAUAUAUAUAUUCAUAUAUAUAUAUAUAUAUAUAUAUAAAACGAUAUAAUUACUUCUUCAUUGUUUGACAUAGCAGAAAUCUGAUUUGUCAAAAUCGACAUAUUUCUAAGAUAUUUGUUUAGAUACCAUCUUUUCUUAAAAAAAAACAUUAUAUUUAUCUAACUCGAUUUUAAUAAAUGCUAGUUACCUUAUCUACUUUCUGUUACUAAAUGGAGAGCAUCUCUCCCAUUUUUGCUAUAUUUUCGAUUGGUGGUAUGAAUUGCAUAAUAUUGGUUUAAUUGCAUCUUAUUAUACGUCAGUGUGUGUAUGUAUAGAUACCAUAAGUAUAUCAUCAUGAUAUAGAUAUUUACAUAAAAUAAUUUGAAAGCCUGCAUACAAUCUUAUAUUUCCAUUCUCUACUCGCUUUGACGAGCUAGAACUUGUUAUUAUGAAUAAAUUGCUCUGUCAUUUUUCAAUGA